AUGGGGUUCCCACGUCCAUUAUAUCAGACAGAGGAGCUCAAUUUACAGCCAACUUUUGGAGAUCGUUUCAGAAGGGAUUGGGGACACAGCUACCAUUCUAGUAUCCAGAUGGCACCGUACGAGGCCUUAUAUGGGAGGAAGUGCAGAUCACCUAUUGGUUGGUUUGAUGUUGGCGAGACUAAGUUAAUAGGCCCGGAUGUGAUUCAGCAAGUUGUUGACAAGGUGAAGCUUAUUCAAGAAAGAUUAUUAGCAGCCCAGAGUCGACAGAAGUCAUAUGCAGAUAAUCGGCGUAGAGAUUUGGAGUUUCAGAUCGGUGACUGGGUAUUUCUGAAGAUUGUUCGUAGGAUAGGCAAGGUUGCCUAUGAGUUGGAUCUACCAUCUGAUUUGGAGGCGGUACAUCCAGUCUUCCAUGUAUCUAUGCUACGUAAAUGUAUUGGUGAUCCUUCUAUAGUAUUCCCCGUAGAUGAUGUUCAGGUAACAGAGGAGUUUUCAUAUGAGGAGAAACCCGUAGCUAUACUUGAUCGCCAGGUUAGAAGGUUACGUACUAAGGAUGUGGCUUCCGUCAAAGUGUUGUGGCAAAAUAAUAAUAGCGAGGAGAUGACUUGGGAAGCGGAAGACGAAAUGAAGAAUAAGUAUCCUUACUUGUUCCUCGUACCUGCACGUAAUUCAAUUCCUAGCUUGUCUAUAUUGAUUGAUAAACGAGAUUAUGUAGUAAGUUGUGACUCUGUGAGGCAUCUGUAA